AUGUCUAUAUUGUUCUGCCAGUUCCGGAAAGCUCCCGAAGGCUCACCCAAGAAAUUCAAAGCUCAAAAGCAGUUCCUGGAUAUGAUGUCCCACAGGAUGCACAUAGACCACAGUAUGAUGCUCAUUGGGAAGCUUUUGUUUGGAUAUGAGAAAGGUCCUAAAGUGCUGAAGACUACACGCAAGAGAGAUGUCAUCCUAAAAUUUGCAGGAUCUGAUGCUAGUAAUUUGUUUGGCACAUUUGUGAAAGUUAGACAGACACAAAACAGUUUCCCAUUUGGCUCAUGUAUCAACAGAACAAAUAUAGACAAUGAAGAUUUUGUUGAUUUCUUUGUUAAGAAUUUCAACUGGGUUGUCUUUGGAAAUGAGUUGAAAUGGCCAUGGACAGAAACACAACAAGGCAACUUUAACUAUAAAGACGCUGACGAGAUGUUGGACUUGUGUAAGAGCCACAACAUAGAGAUCAGUGAUCAUUGUAUCUUCUGGGAAGUGAAAUAUACCAUCCAGUCAUGGGUCCGCUCAUUGAACAAAAAUGACCUGAUGAUAGUAGUUCAGAAUCGUCUUAAUGGUCUUCUCACACGGAAUAAGGGCAAGUUUAGGCACUAUGAUGUAAACAACGAAAUGCUGCAUGGUUCUUUCUACCAAGAUAGACUGGGAAAAGAUACCAGAUCAUACAUGUUCAAGAUAGCCCAUCAACUGGACACAUAUGUCAUAUUAUUUGUGAAUGAUUAUCAUGUUGAGGAUGGAGAUGACACUAGGUCGUCUCCAGAGAAGUACAUUGAACAUAUCCUUGACCUGCAAGAACAAGGUGCACCUGCUGGAGGUAUAGGAAUACAAGGACAUAUAGAUAGUCCAGUUGGGGAUGUCUCCUCAAUAAACGAGCAUGUUCUAGCUGCAGGUCAUGCUCCGGGAAGCCUUUGCUCACCCUUCAGUGGAAGGCAUCAUGCUGGGAGCUCUUAAGAAUGAGUGGUUGAUGCAGAAGGUAGUAUUAAUGAAGUUGGAAAGAGAUAUCUUUCUCUUAAGAAUGAGUGGUUGACUCAUGCUGAUCACGGUCACAUUGAUGAUAAAGGAGAGUUCAAAUUUAGAGGCUUCCAUGGGGCAUACGAAAUUGAAGUUGUAACGCUUACCAAGAAAAUAUCAAAGACGUUUGUGGUGGACAAGGCUGAGUCACCUCUGGUGAUCACCAUAAACUUAUAGUUCCUUGGGCCCGAAUAAGUGGUCCAUUUUUAUUGUAUUCUCUGUUAAUGGUUUUCUCAUUGGAAUUGGA